GUUCCUCCUGGAGAUAGAUGAGAAAGAAGAUAAAAAGGAAGAAAGGAGAAAAUAGUGAGUUGAUGAUGGUUGAAUGAAAAGUGGUAACAAAAAGAGAGAGAAAAGUUGAAGCUCCAAAUAAGGUUACAAUUGAAUAGUUUUUCCUCGUCCGAUUGAAACUGGAUUUUAUUUUUCCUUAAAUAACCACAGUUGAUCGUUUAAACAGUCCAUAAUUUAGCUUUUGUUUUCAUCAACCAAGCCGAUCAAUUGUCAAGUUUAUUUUUACAUUUUUUUUCAAUUCUAUUUCAAUAUUGUCCUUUUUUGUUUCUUUUGUCAUCAUCGUCAUCAUACUCAUCGCUAUUAUAAAUUAUCAGCAGAUAACUUUUGUGUUUUAAUAACCACCACAAUUGAUCAUUAUUUUGACAAACAAAACAUCAUUCAGUCAGAAGGAACAACUUGGCCUUUUAAAACAUCGAAACUUCCAAUUUGGUGAUUUGUUUGAAUCAAUAUUGCACGGUUAAUUGGCUUUCCAUUGAACCUCAUUCUCCAUGUACACAUAUAUUGGAACCAUGCACAAUCAACGUUUAAAUUGGCCUGAACCUCCAAAAAAUGUUCUCAUUAUCCAGAAAAUUCACGAUUCAAGUGUUUUACCAUGCUUUAUUCAACUGACACAAUGGCUUCUAAUGGAGAAGCAAAUGGUUGUUCUUGUUGAAAAGAAUGUACUUAAAGAUAUUCGAAACCGAGCUGAACCUUUAUUCAAACAGCUUCGUGACAAACUGUUGGUUUUUGAAGUUGAUCGUAAUAACCGAGACUUUGGUAAAGAAGUUGAUCUGGUCAUCUGUUUGGGUGGUGAUGGAACCCUUUUGUACGCAUCAUCUCUAUUCCAGAGCAAGGUUCCACCGGUCAUGGCAUUUCAUUUUGGAUCACUUGGAUUUCUAGCUCCGUUCGAGUUUGAAUCGUUUAAGCAACAAGUUACCAAAGUUAUUGAAGGCAAAGCUGGAGUUACCCUGAGAAGUAGACUGUCAUGCAGUGUUCAUAAACAGGAAACCAAUACACUUGUUGACCAAUCCAAUCAAUUUGUUGUCCUAAAUGAAGUUGUCCUGGACAGAGGCUUAUCGCCAUUCCUAUGUAAUCUUGAUCUUUACAUUGAAGGUAAAUACAUAACAACAGUACAAGGCGAUGGGUUGAUUGUUUCAACACCAACUGGAAGCACUGCUUAUGCUGUAGGAGCCGGUGCCUCCAUGGUGCAUCCAAGUGUCCCAGCAAUCAUGGUAACCCCAAUUUGUCCACAUUCAUUAUCAUUCAGACCCAUAGUCGUUCCAGCAGGGAUACAGCUCAAGAUCCUGGUUUCCAAAGAUUCUCGAGGCUCUGCUUGGGUUUCCUUCGAUGGACGACAACGUCAAGAAUUGAACAUAGGCGACGAGUUAAAUGUCACUACAUCCGUCCAUCCCAUUCCAUCAAUUUGUUUCAAAGAUCCAAUGACUGACUGGUUCUCAAGUCUAGGUGAAUGUUUACAUUGGAACGAAAGGAAAAAGCAACAGGCAAUCGUCUUGUAUGACAAUUUGGAUUUUGACGACAACGAUGAUCACAGUUCCCCUAUUCACCAGAAUGGUGUCGAGAAGCGGUGACAGGAAUAUUUUCAAUGUUCAUCGUAGAAGCUGGAACAGUACAUUUUUCUCGCAAGAUGAAAGCACAAAUGGAAUAGCAAUACAUUCAAGUUACAGGAGCAUUUAAGAAUCAAAAUGAUUGAUUAGAAAAAUAAUCACAUGUUAUUGAGUUCUACAUGUCUUUGUUAGACUCUGUCUAUUGUUUAGACGUUUCUAAAGAUACACUUAUUUUUGCCUACAAAAGUUAAUUUUGUCAUUUGAAUUUGUAAUAAUGUUGCUCUUAUAUUAUAUCAUGUAAUUGUCAACUAUAAAUGUGAUGAAGAACAGUCCAUUCGCUCAACAAAUCGAUACUGGGCUUUCUGUUGCAUUUGUAACACUUGCUAAAGGUAAAAUUAAAAAUAAUAACUGAUAAUCUAGGUUAUGAGAAAUAUCUGAUCAAUAA